ACCUCCAGCCACAGAGUGGAGAGACCCCAACCACAUGGGCACCCCUGCAUCCAUUGCCUGUGACUUGCCCCACCCUCAGGCACCCAAGUCGUGCACUCGCAAAAGAGCGUCUGCCAACAUCUUUCAGGGAGUGGGGCUGCUGCAGCUACACCAUCUCUUCCACAGCAGUGGGGAUGCACAAGCAGAGGAGCGGGCCCAGCUGGUGUGGGAGCGUUCGGGAAACCAGUGUGUUGCCCAGGCUUUGCGACAGCUGCGCAGAAAGCAGAGAAAACUAAGACUGCGGCCCCACCGGAAGUCCUCUUCAGAGCAAGGAAGUGGCCCUGGAUUCCUGGAGUUACAGCACUUUAGCCACUUACGGAUUGAGGACUGUACUACAUCUUACGCUGAGGACAAUGGGCCCAACACCAGCAAGAAGCCAGAUGUGGCCGGUCAAGGCAGCCCAUGCCCUGCCUCCUACUACAGGCAGAAGAGGAAGCAGUGGGGUACAGGAGCUGCAGGCUACCUGCACCAACUCCACCAGUGAGCAGCUGAACCCAACCCCUCUUACCCACAUAGUUGUCAGUCAAUGGCACUGUGCGGA